AUGAGAAAUUCACUCUUUUCAUGGUUUUUCUUGAUGCUUAUAUGCUCACUUCAGCUCAGCUUCUGUAUCUUUGUGGCGUCUGGACAAUGUCUUGGCGAUCAGCAAUCCUUGUUAUUGCAAUUGAAGAACAGCCUCGUAUUCAGCAGUGAUUCGUCCACAAAAUUGGUCAAUUGGAAUCAAAGUGCCGAUUGCUGUUUAUGGGAAGGUGUAAAGUGCAAGGAGGGACAUGUCAUUGCUCUUGAUCUGACCAACGAAUCCAUCCAUGAUGGACUCAACAACUUAAGCAGCCUUUUCCAGCUUCAGCAUCUCCAGAGCUUGAAUUUGGCUUACAACAACUUCAACGGUUCCCCUAUUCCAUCAGAGUUUGACAAAUUGACCGCUUUGAGAUAUUUGAACCUGUCAUAUGCGGGCUUCGCAGGGCAGAUUCCAAUUGCAAUUUCGCGCUUAACAAGGCUAGUUAUUCUUGAUUUCUCUUCCUGUUACUUCCCAAUAACUGUUCCUCUGACACUUGAGAAUCCAAAUUUUAAUUUGCUGGUUCAAAACCUUUCGGAGCUUAUAGAACUUUAUCUUGAUGGUGUAAACAUAUCAGCACAAGGGAAUAAGUGGUGCGAGGCCUUAUCAUCUUCACUGCCGAAUCUAAGAGUGCUGAGUUUGUCAAAUUGUUAUCUGUCAGGCCCUAUUGAUUCCACCUUACUGAAGCUUCAGUCCCUCUCGAUUAUUCGUCUUGAUAAUAACAAUUUGUCUACUCCAAUUCCAGAGUUCUUCACAAAUUUCACAAAAUUGACGUCCUUGCGUCUCAGUUCUUCUGGGUUGAUUGGCACAUUUCCAAGAAAGAUCUUCCAGGUACCAACACUAGAGAAUAUUGACUUGUCUAAUAAUGUACUACUUCAUGGUCCUUUGCCAGAUUUUCCACCAAAUGAAUCUCUUCGCACUUUGGUUCUUAGCAGUACAAGCCUUUCAGGGACAUUAUCAGAUUCUAUUGGUAACCUAACAAAGUUGUCCAGAAUGGAUCUUUCAAACUGCAAUUUCAGUGGAUCAAUGCCACGCUCAUUGUCAAAGCUUACCCAAUUGAUUUAUUUGGAUAUGUCAUCCAAUAAUUUCACCGGAUCAAUUCCAUCACUCAGAAUGGCCCAAAAACUGACCCAAAUAAACCUUUCUCAUAAUGAUCUAAUUGGUCAUAUUACUUCCACUCACUGGGAAGAGCUUCUGAAUUUGGUAAGCCUUGACCUGCGUUACAAUUCACUGAAUGGAAGUAUUCCAGCUUCCUUGUUUUCCCUUCCAUUAUUGCAAAAAUUAGAUCUUUCCAACAGCCAAUUUUCUGGUCAACUGAAUGAAAUUCCAAAUGUUUCUUCUCACCUUUUGGACACCCUUGAUUUGAGUAAUAACAACUUGGAAGGGCCAAUACCCGUGUCUGUCUUUGAACUACGACGUCUUAAGAUCCUCUCACUUUCUUCAAACAACUUCAACGGCUCCUUGCAGCUUAACAUGAUUCAGCAGUUGAGAAAUCUUUCACAUCUUGAUCUUUCAUACAAUAGGUUAUGGAUUGAAUAUAAUAGAACGAAUUCAUCUUUAUCCUCAUUUCCCCAGUUGACCAUAUUAAAAUUGGCUUCUAGCAGGUUGAAAAAGUUUCCUGAUUUUUUGAGAAACCAAUCCAAAUUAACCUAUUUAGACCUUUCAGACAACCAGAUCGACGGAGAUAUACCAAAUUGGAUCUGGAAACCAAGUAAUCUUCAUUAUCUAAAUCUCUCUUUUAACCAUCUGGUGACUUUGGAAGGACCUUUCUCCAAUCUUCCUUCUUUGAGUGUAUUGGACCUUCGCUCAAACCAGCUCCUGGGACAACUCCCAGUUCUACCACCAUCUGCCACUUACCUGGAUUUCUCAAGGAAUAAUUUCAGUGCUGUAAUACCAGCUAGUAUUGGUGACUCCCUUACUUAUGCUUAUUUCUUCUCUCUUUCUAGCAAUACAUUCAAUGGGAGUAUCCCUGCAUCAAUAUGCAAUGCGACAUAUCUUCAAAUUCUGGAUCUGUCUAAUAAUCUCUUCAAUGGAAAAAUACCCCAGUGCUUGAUUGAGAUGAGUGGGACUCUUGCGGUGCUGAAUCUGAGGAAAAACAAACUCAAUGGCUCAAUUCCUAAUUCUUUUCCAGGCAAUUGUAUUUUACAAACUUUGAAUCUCAAUCGAAACCUAAUAGAAGGGCGGUUACCUAGGUCUCUAGGCAGUUGCACAAAGUUGGAGGUCUUGGACAUUGGGAACAAUCUCAUCGAGGAUACUUUGCCAUGUUACUUGAAGAACUACACGUUCAUGUUACGCGUCCUUGUUUUGCGAUCUAACAAAUUUGGCGGGCCCAUUGGUUGUUCAGAGCCUAAUACCACCUGGCCAAUGCUUCAAAUUGUAGACCUAGCUUCAAACAAUUUUGUCGGUGAACUUCCAAAAGUUUUUGCCUGGAAAGCAAUGACGGAUUAUGAAAAUGAGGACCAAUCACAGCUCAAUCACCGCCAAUUUGAAGCCUUCAGUUUCAACCGAUUUUACUAUCAAGAUACAAUCACAGUGACCUUGAAAGGUCUAGAAUUGGAGUUUGUGAAGAUUCUAACUGUCUUGACCUCGAUUGACUUUUCGUGCAACAAUCUUGAGGGGCCAAUACCAGUAGAAUAUGGAGGGCUUAAAUCACUAUAUGCUCUUAACUUCUCGCACAACGCUCUUACAGGCCAAAUUCCACCAUCUCUAGCAAACUUGACUCAGCUGGAGUCAUUAGACUUGUCAAGGAACAAGCUUGAGGGGGAGAUUCCAAUGCAACUUGCAGAUAGUUUGACUUUCCUUUCUGCCCUAAACCUUUCGUUUAAUCAUUUGGUGGGACGGAUUCCACUGUACAAGCAAUUUAAUACAUUUUCUGAAGCUUCCUAUGCAGGAAAUAAAGGAUUAUGUGGGUUCCCUUUGAAAGUAGAAUGCACAUAUGCAGAGCCAAAGCCACCUCCAACACUUGAAGAAAGUCCUUCGAAUUAUGAGAAUGUGAUUGAUUGGAACCUUAUAAGUGCUGAAUUGGGAAUCAUUUUCGGCUUUGGGAUUGUAAUUGGGCCCCUUAUGUUUUUCAAGAGAUGGAGGAUAUGGUAUUCCAAAUACAUUGACGACAUUCUUUUUGGGAUCUUCCCUCGGUUAUAUCUCGGCAAAGAAUAUCGUCGAAGGCCAAUGCACAGAAAUUAG